GCUAUGAAUUCUGAAUCAACUGUAUCUGAAGGGAAAAUAAGUUAUCAACCUAUUGAUGUUGCAAAUCAUAAUUUUAUGAAACCAGUCAAACAACUUAGUCUACCAGAACAUCUUCCAAAAUGGGAGAAAUCUAAGGCAUAUACAGAUUUAUUAGGUUUAAUUCUAACUUUAAAUCAGAGUGUCAAGGGCAAGAAAAUGACAGAUGAAUAUCAUGUUUCUAAGGAAAUAGAGAAGCAAGUAGAGAUUUUAGAAACAUUAGAUAAAUGGUUAGAUGAAAUUCCACCAGUAGAUCAACCUCAGAGGUUUGGUAAUACAGCUUUUAGAGAUUGGUUAAAGAAAAUACAAGAUAAUAUAGAAGACUUAUUAAAAUGUAAUUUAGAAGAGAAAUUCCACCCAGCUAUUAUAGAACUAUCAACCUAUUUUAUAGAAAGUUUUGGUAAUUCAACUAGAAUAGAUUAUGGAUCAGGUCAUGAAAUGGCGUUUGCUGCCUAUCUUUGUUGUUUAUUUAAAAUUGGUGCAUUUAAAGAGGAAGAUUUUGUAGCCUGUGUUUUGAAAUUAUUCCAAAGGUAUAUGAAUCUAGUGAGGAAAUGUCAAACACAGUAUCGUAUGGAACCAGCAGGUAGUCAUGGUGUCUGGAGUCUAGAUGACUACCAGUUUAUACCUUUCAUCUGGGGCAGUUCACAACUUAUUGAUCAUAAAAGAAUCAAACCGAAAUCCUUCACUGAACCAUAUAUUUGUAGUCAGUUUGCUAAAGAUUUUAUGUUUUUAGGCUGUAUAGAGUAUAUUAAUAAAGUAAAGAAUGGUCCGUUUGCUGAACAUUCUAAUACAUUAUGGGGAAUCAGUGCUGUACCUCACUGGACUAAAGUUAAUUCUGGUUUAAUUAAGAUGUAUAAAGCUGAGGUGUUAGCUAAGUUUCCUGUGAUUCAACAUUUUCUAUUUGGUAGUUUAUUAUCUAUUGAUCCUGUUUCAUGA